AGAAUUGUAUAAUAUCUUAAAACUAAAACACCAAUAUUAUUGUCGUCGUUGACAAAAAUGUUUACACGAUGUGCCAAAAAUAGCCUGGAAGCGAAAUAAAUCAAGCCGUGGACUUUGCUCUCGUUUCAUCCUUGAGUUUACAAAUCAAUUGUCUCGCGCCGAGCUUCUAAUAUUGCUUUCAAUCGAAACCAAAUUAACGUUUACACUGAUGGGUUGAAACCAUACUUUAAUUUCAUUACAAGUUCACGAUAGUGUCAAUUUGUGCAUUUAAGAUCAAGACAGAGGGAUAUUUAAUAUUAAUCUAACGAUUUCGUUGUUUUUAUUUAUAAACUAGACACAAUAAUAUCACAAAGAACAUUUUAAGCAUACUUCGAUUAAUAUCCAUCUCAAAUGCCAACAUUGAAUGCAGGUGUAAGAACCGGUGCCAAAUCGUAGAAACAAAUAAACAUUCGUGUCUCUUAUUAUGCUUCGGGGCGACUAGACGGCCGGUUAUUGUUAGAAAUUAAUUAAAAUUAUUAUGCUCAAAACGGAGACACCAUGCUUCAAAUGUAACUGUUAUUUCUGCGAGUGCAUAGUUGAUUAUCGUGAGGACCAAUAUGAGAUUCCAAGUCAGAGGUACUGGACCGAAAGCGACUAUGACAAGGAAGCCGUUCUGGACGCUGGCAGUCUGGGAGACAUCCCCGCCGUGUACCGCGUGCCCAAGCCUGCUCCUCACCAGAUGCCAGUCAUCGGGGUCUACAUCGACCCCAGAGUUCGAACGGGCUUCAGAUACAAAAUAAGACCGAUGCAGACUUUGGACGCUCAGCCCCUGUCAGUGAAGCCAAGGUAUUUGUUCGACGGCAAGGCUCUAACGCUGCAGUCCAUCGGUCGAGGAUUCGCUCGUCGUCUCACUUUCGAACCCUUGGACUCGACGCUCAAUGAUAACAACAACUACUUCUGGACGGACUCGCGGCCCGAAGGAUUCGUUUUUGAAAUUGAAGCGGUCUCAGCGGGAGACAAAUUUACGAUCUAUGACGCAAACCACGAGCCACAGGGAACUCUUGAAGUCGUUCAGCAGCAGAAAAACCAAUUGGAGCUGGAUCAAAAGAUAUUUGAGGAUGGAUCUAUCGAAAAGAAAGUUAAGAUAAAUACCCUCUGCAAAGUGGAGUGGUAUGAGAACGAUGGAGCCACUAAGUUGGUGCCCGUCACGGGAGUGGCUUUACUGAAGAAGAAGUGCGGUAACGCAAUCGUGUCCCGGAUUGUCAACGUAGCUAUAGGAAUCAAACAACUGAAGAAGGGAUACGAGCUGAAACCUGGUAUCAAAUCCUCCUCUCGCAGAAUCACUGUGAACGGGGCGGAUGUUCAGGACAUCCCUUGCCAAUAUUGUGUUGUGGGGUUGGAAAGAUACGAACUCCCCGUUAUCGGAACCUACGUGGACCCUCGAAUCGUCCCCGGAUUCUACUACCGCGUGCGUCCCGCGAACUCCCGUCGUCAUCUGUUCGACGGGCGCAGUCUGCUCUUGCAAUCCAUCGGCUUGGGCUACGGAAAACGCAUUACUUUCAAACCGGACUCCCUCAACGCCCCCGACAAUUACUUCUGGUCCGACUCUCAUCCCGAGGGGCUGGGAAUGGAGACUCGCGCACUGCAUCCCGACAUGAAAUUCACUAUUACAGGAAACGGGGGACUUUUGCUAGGCGAAGCGAUCGUGUUCCGCGCCGAUUUACCCCAGGUCGAGGAGAAGACCGAAUACGUGGAUAUUCCGGGUCAGAGGGGCAAAGCGGUCGAGAAGUACAUCCAGGUAGACGUCACUUGCCACGUGAAGUUGGCCACGACCGGGGGUGGUUCUGCGGACUCCGAAGUCCACCUCAUGAAGGUGUCCGGAGUGGCCCUCGUGCGCAAAGAUCCGGGCCAAAACGUCGCCAAACUGGUGAAAGUCUUCAACGUCGGUCUGGACUCGCAGCUCAACCUACUCUUCGCUCACUCUCAAACCGAGCUCACUUUCCACCCCCUCCCCUAAGAGAUCUCCGGAUCCGAAUGGUAUUGCGACGCUCACGAUAAUAAUCUGAUCGCAUUACAAUACCAAAAAAUCUUACCUGGCUCCACAUAGGCUUGGUCAAACUAAUCGAUUUAGUAAUGAGUUCGCGAUCGAAGUCUAACUCAAUAUUCGAGGGUUUCGAUCGCGAUUUCGCUUCAAUCGGCGCAGCCACAGAGCAGAGGACACCUUUACCUCGAACCUGACAACGGAAUGUGUAGUUCGUUGAGCCUGAGUUAACCUUUCUAGGCUCUAGUUCAAUAUUUUACAACAUCAAUAGGUUUAUAAUUAAUUAUUGUCUCUCAAUCCGUAAUACUUCAUUUGACUUGUGUUUUUUUUAUUAUUAAUGCUUUGACAUUACAUCUGGAGAGAGUAGCAAAAGACUAUACCGAUUCUGAAUACUGGCGGGAUUGCCAAUGACUAUAUCAUAUUAAACAUUUGAUUGAUGUGACUUAUAUAAAUGUACAAUAAAAUAUAUUUUCAAA